AUGGCGACCCAGCUCGUCCAACUCCCAGAAGUGGAGCGCCUCAGCGCCUCAGUGGUGAGAAUACUAGGCGGAAAUCCGGGGAAGUUCACACUCCAAGGCACAAACACAUACUUAAUUGGCCGCGGCCACCAGCGAAUCUUAAUAGACACAGGCGAAGGCAAGCCCGCAUGGGCAGCAAACCUUCAAUCCGUGCUCUCAGAAGAAAAAGCAACAGUGCACCAGGCUCUCCUGACACACUGGCACCCCGACCAUGUCAGCGGACUGCCAGAUCUACUCAAGCUCUGUCCCGAUGCUCAGAUCUUCAAACAUCAGCCUGAUUCCGCUCAGACAGAUAUCCAGGAAGGUCAGGUAUUCUCCGUUGAGGGUGCUACCUUGACAGCAUUCCAUACGCCUGGACAUACCGUUGAUCAUAUGGUGUUUAUGCUCGAAGAAGAGAAUGCUAUGUUCACGGGUGACAACGUCCUAGGCCACGGCACAUCCGUCUUUGAAUCCCUCAAAACCUACCUUAACAGUCUCCACCGGAUGCGCGACCGCGUCUCCUCAGGCCGGGGGUACCCCGGACACGGGGCGGUGAUCGAGAACGCCGGCGCGCGGAUCACCGAGUACAUCAAGCACCGACAGCAGCGAGAAGACGAGGUCCUGCGCGUGCUCCAAUUUGGUAAACUUGAUGUCGCAGCUGGCGAAUCCUCGCCGGAGCGCAAGCAGGCGUGGACGCCUAUUGAGUUGGUCAAGCGCAUUUAUAGUGACGUUCCCGAGUCUUUGCAUGUACCUGCUUCGCAUGGUGUUUUGCAGGUGCUGAUGAAGCUUGAGGAUGAGGGGAGGACAGUUCUUGAUUCAGACUCGGGGAAAUGGAGUCUUUUGAGUGAGAGGUCGGCUUUGUGA